AUGGGCCACGCCCGGCACUUGGGCCCGCCUCACUACGGCGCUCCGGGUCCAGUCGUCGCUCCUCUGUAUCCAUCCAUGACAACGCCUACGCAAUCCCAUACGCCCCAUGGAGCCCCGAAAAGACCGAGGCCAGACGAGCUUGACUUGUCCGUUCCCGGAAUCGACCUUGAACAGACGGACCUCGAGACCAUGCAGCAGACUCCUCUGGGUACCGCCUAUGCACAGGCGACCCAGCAAGUCCAGGCUCCCACGCACCAUCACCAUCGACUACCCGAUACAGGACCCCCUUCCAAGAUGAUGAGGCGUGAUGGUGACGGCGGAGACAGAGGCGGUGCCCCGAGCGUCGUGGGACAAGCAGGCAUGCCGACUCCGGCACCGAGGCCAAGGGGGCCGAAGCUAAAGUUCACGCCCGAAGACGACCAGCUCCUGAUCGAUCUGAAAGAGAACAAAUCCCUCACAUGGAAGCAAAUCGCGGAUUUCUUCCCUGGGAGAUCAUCAGGAACACUGCAGGUGCGCUAUUGUACGAAGCUCAAAGCUAAGACCACCCAAUGGACCGACGAAACGGACCAAAAACUUCGCACUGCGCUGCAAGACUACGAGAAUGAGAAAUGGCGUAUCGUCGCUAACAAGGUCGGGACCGGCUUCACCCCUGCUGCCUGCCGAGAACGCGCGCAGGAGUUAAUGGGCGGCCCUCCCUUAUAG